GUUGUGUAUGGCGGAAACACAUGAUUUGGGAUAUGGUACCUGUUGAAAUUUCUUGGUAGUGUUAUCCUACACUCUGACUACAGAAAUUAUUACACGCUAUGAAAUGGAGAAUGAGCAUGUAUCUCCAUUGUAUGAUUAUGCUGCAGGAGCUAUAGCAGGUUCUGUGGGCGUGGUAGUGGGACAUCCCUUUGAUACUGUCAAGGUUCAACUUCAAAUCCGACAAGCCAGCUUGGAGACAGUAUCCCUAAGAGAAUGCUACCAAGCAGUAAAGAGUCAAAAUUUGGCCAAGGGAUUUUUCCGAGGGUUGUCCUGGCCGAUGCUGUCUUAUGGAAUCAUCAACUCAGUGUUCUUUGGUGUCUAUGGGAGCACCAUGAAGCUACUGCAUGCAGACAUAUCAGGAAAAACUCCUCCUGACUUCACUAAGAUCUGCCUGGCGGGGAGUCUGGGCGGCCUCUGUCAGCUGAUUCCGGCCGUCCCUAUAGACGUGAUCAAGGUCGUCCUACAGUCCCAGAUACCUCACGGAACCUCCGGUUCUCCAGGGAAGUACUAUCGAGGCCCGUUAGAGGGAACACGAGACAUCCUCCGCAGCAGGGGAUUCCUAGGAAUGUACCGGGGGCUUCCCACCCAGGCACUACGAGAUAUUCCCGCCUCUGUGACCUACUUCCUUGUGUACGAAUUCCUUAUUUACCACGGAGUCAAAUCCUUCCCCACCGUCUCCUCGAUGUUACAGAGUUUUAUCUACGGCGGAGUUGCUGGUGUCGUGAGCUGGGCUCUGAUCAUGCCGUUUGAUGUCAUGAAGAGUCGUAUUCAGGCAGACAGUGACAGGAAGUUAUAUUCUGGCUUCCUUGAUUGUGUUAUCAAGAGUUACAAGUCCAAUGGGAUAAAGAUAUUUUUCCGUGGAUUGUCAAUGACCAGUUUAAGGGCAUUUCCAGUUAAUGGCAUGACUCUAAUGACACAUAUAGAACUCAUGAAAUUAUUUGGGGAGAAAAAACACCAACAAUAAUUUUCAUUUAUAGGCAUAUUUUAUGGAAUUUAUGUAGUACAGUAUAUAUACCAAGAAGGAAUGUGCUAAAAUUGUUUCUGAAUUUGAAAAUUAUAUAUAUUUUUAUUCAAAUAUCUUAUUCAACCCAAUAUUAUAUAAUAUUUCUAUUUAUCAUAUAAACUUGAUCAUGCAUCCAUUACUUGUCCAGGAAUGUACUAAAUGGCAUUUUUAAUUUUUAUAACCCCUUCAAAGAAGGUAGGGCAUAUUGCUUUGCUGCUGUCUGUUGGUUGGUCUGUCAGUCCACUAAGUUUCCGUCAUUUUCUUUGCAGAGAAUCAACAUACUCUAAUGAAAUUCAGUAUACAGAUUUAUCAUAAGAAUAUCUAGGUCAAGGUCUUUAUUGGGUACUAUCAAGCAAUUUUUUACAGAGUUACGCCCCUUGGACUUGGAAAAAUUCCAAUUAUUUUUUUUUCCAUUUCCAUUCAUUUUCUUUGCAUGCAUGUCCAGGGGGAGGGGAGCAUAAGUGUUUCACAAACAUCUCUUGUUACUUUAUAUUUAAAACCACACAAAGUGUUAGUUGAUAAACUUAUAAAUCUGCAGGGCCAUUUAUGGCAUAAAUUUGAACUUUAUUGUACAAUGUAUAUAAUUGAAGCUGUUUGACAGUAAUCAAAACUUGAUCAUUUUAUCCUGAUUUUACAUGUAUUUAAACCAAAGAUGUUUAUGUAUGAUAUUGAUUGCUCACAUGGUACUAGUAAUACAUUUAUAAUCUACUGGUAUUCAAUUAUUAUUGUUUUAAA